GUUGCUGGCAGCUGAUUUUGCUACAUUUGAAAUCCCUUCUUUGAAUUCUGGUCCUUGUGUUAUGAGCUCAAAGUCGAAACAUUCUUGGUGCUGUGGUGCAUUGAAACCAUGGCGAGACUGAAUGAUCCUCCGGCUCCUCCCACGGAAAGUAUCGAUGCUUUAAAACGACGCUUUAUCCGUCAAAACCGCGAAAUAGCCCGAGUCAAUUCAACCCAAUCACUGCGCAUACGCAAUCUAGAAACUGAAAUCUCCCGUCUUGUCGCCGACAAUGUGUCUCUCCGAGAACAAGCAAUCGCAGCAAAAGCCGAGGCAGAAAGAUGGCGGAGGGUCAACUUUGUCAGUCAAGAUAUCAUGGACAUGAAAGACCGGCUUCAGCACAAAGUCGGUGAAAUGGCAAUGCUGCUUGUCGAGAUGGGCGAUCUACCAGAGAAGGCAGCCAGAAAGACAAGGCGCAAGAGCCGAACCCAAACAGAGGGCCUUGCCGACCAAGAAUGGAAAUAUCGUCAGUCAAUCAAGGAAGCUGCAGCCCUCGAAAGAGACAUGCAGGAGAACCGGCUACCUGCUAUAAUGGAGGACAAAUCAUACCCAAGACGGACACUAGAAAGUGCCGAGAUUUUGAAUGUCAGAAACCAGGAGGCAGCAUUGGAGAUCUCAGAGUCACCAGAGAUAGGCCCCCCGCCGGUUGCGCACUUUGAUGUCAGCGAUGAGGUUUCUUACGACAACCCCAGACAAUCACUCGAAGGAGCGAGCGACGACCUUAUGCGGGCUUCUAUCGCGGUGGAAAAGCGAAGAAAACGACGGACUAGUGCUCUCUUGCAAGACAUGCCGAUUGAAGAAGCUGCCGAAUCUACGAAACCGACUCCAAUGUUAUUGAAGACCGGUGCCAAACGGAAGUUGGACGUCACUGAACUGGAUGUACCUGCAUUGCGACCGAGCGAGAACGAUGAAUUUGUGUUUCACCGCCGGCAAGAUGCCGUCGCCAAUGUAACAGCGGGGAAGAAAUCGUCAAGGUUCACACGAGCCCCUGGUCGGGAGAAUCAGAUACCAGCUGAGUCCAAAAUCCCAUCGCCACAAAAGUCGGUGGCUGAUAGGAAGAUCCUCGCUCCCAAGACGACCAAUUCACCGUCGAAGAGAAAGAUCGUUGUCUCUCAGAAACCAGACCCUGAGCCACGAUCCAACGACGAAAAUCAUAAACCAACGAGCACCAAACACUCACGUAGAACGAACCCUCCACUACCAAUCCCGGUUCAGGACAUCAUCCUGGACCCAGAAAAGGCAAACGAGACAAAUGACCUACCGCCAAAGACUCCAGCAGCACAGGAAGAAGACAUUCUUUCUCCGAUCUCGACGGAACCUUCGACCCGGACGUCCCAUCAAGCCAGGGAAGCCGCGAUCACGAAUUCAGUCGAGGACGUACUCAAUGGAAGCAUUGGCCGAGGUUCUCGACGAGCAAGACCAGCAGUCAGCUACGCCUUGCCAAAUCUACGCGACAAGAUGAGGAGGCCGACGAAAGAGCUUGUCGGGGCUGUCGAAGGGAUCGAGAAACAGCGAGACGCUUCCGGCAGGACAAGCAUUCGACUAUCUUCAGCAGACCGAGUGAACUCAGAAGAGCCCCAAUCGGCGGCUGGACAAAUCAAGCAGGAGAAGACGGCCGGUGAGAAUGAAAAGUGGAAAGAACUUCCCAUGAAGAAAGAAGAACCGACAAGCCCUUUGCGAGACAAGGAACGGAAAGAGGUUGCUAGAGGCAGGCCUGCGAAAAGAGUAGAGAUUCAGACAGACCCAAAACACGACCGUCGACACAGCAUCGGUGAACAACUCAAGGAAGCGGUAGAUCGAUUGAGCAUCUAUGAUCCGCCAGUAUCUUCGCCCAUGGAAGAACCACAGAAGGUCUCCAAGGCACCAAGACCACGGAGGGUCCCGCCCAAGGUUCUACGCCCCUAUCCCGGACGAGCUCAACCUCCAAAGCGCCUCCGUCACGGCCCGGCUCUGCAGCAAGUUCGAAAGACGACGCAUCCUCUUCCCGGACGUCAGGCACGAAGCGCUCGAGCAGCGUAG